CAGAGCUGGGCUCGGAUAGUGGAGGUUGUGGUACCACGUGAGAGGAGGACUCAGACCUGCUCAUCUGUGCUGACACUCCUCCUGUGUGCUGUCUGCUGACACCAUGGUCUCCUGGACCCCCCCUGCUCCCCCCUCACACACACACCAUGUCUGAACCCUGAUCUCGUCCUCCUCCUCCCCUCAGUCUGAGGAUGGCCUGGCCGUGCAUCAGCAGGGUCUGCUGCCUGGCUCGCUUCUGGAACCAGUUCGACAAGUCGGACCUGUCCGUCCCGCUCACCAUCCAGAACUACUCGGACAUCUCGGAGCAGGAGGUGCGCUCCGUCACCAAGCAGCUCACCGACUCGGAGUCCCGCCCGGCCCCGGAGCCCCGCGCCAAGCCGGGCUCCCCCCCGCAGCGCGCGAGCCGGGGCUCGUUCGGGGCGCGGAGGGACAACAAGCCCCGGGAGGACUACCAGCCCUUCCCCAGCGUGACCCAGUACAAGCAGGACUUUAAGCCCUGGCCCAUACCCAGGAAGGAGAACUUCCCCUGGAUCAGUAACGGGGGCAGCAGCCCGGGGGGAGAGCAGAGGAGGCGCGGGGAGCAGCAGGUCCCGGAGGACAGCACCACCAGCUCCUACAGGGAAGAGUACCGGCCGUGGACGGGGGCGAAACCAGCCAGAAGUGUGAGGAAACCCCCCCUGGCCCAGUACUCCAGCCCGGGGACAGAGCCCACCCACGUCCCACGUGAGACCAGCUACCAGGCUGCCUACAGCGGGGAGGUCAGCAGGUCCACUGGCCUGCAUCAGGUGGAGCCCAUCCUCCCAUCUGCUGCCUCCAGCAUACAGCCCCCUCCUGCCACCCAACACCAGGCCGGCAGCUCCCCCUCCAGCCUCCAGCAGGGCAUCCUGCCUGAGAGGACCGAGGACAGCGGGACCACCAGGAGAGAAGAGCAGCUGGUGAGGACCAAGCUCUCGCCGAACCCUUCUGCUGUCUUUCAAAGCGGAUCGAGGGUCUUCAACAUCUGACGGCYGCUGCAGAUCCCCCUCCCAAGGUCGCCCCAGCUCCACUUUGAGCUCAAGUUUUCAAGGAUUCAGCAUGGGGGAGUGGGGGGUGUUUCCAGUCCAUUCCACAACACAAGAAUCUAUGCAAACGGGAAUGUAAUAAUGUGAAAACUGUCCCAAGCACAGAGAUAUAGGACACCACCAUUUAACUCCUCCCACCACCCCCCAGUCCCUGCUGCUAUGGAAAUAAAUAUGCAUGUAACAGGAUAGUUUAGAAACAUCUUUUUAUUUACAGUCAUGUGAAAAAAUAAUUAGGACACCCGAUGAAAGCCUGUAUAUAUUUUUUUAACAUAUUUGGACAUAUUUAAUAUCAAUAUUAACACUGAGGGGUUCAAUUAAUAGGACUAAACAAUUAAAACACUAAAAAAGGCCUUUUUACAACUUUAUGUAAAACGUUAUUUAAAAAGAAUGCAAUUUUUGGUGAGGAAUAAAUUACGACACGCCUA